CCAUACACAAAAUGGCGACCGGCAGUUGAGCUCGGCGACUUUCCCCACGUUCGAAUUCCGUUAAAAACUGUCCCUCGACCCCACAUUUCCGAACCAUUACUCUCAGCAGUCAUGCCGUCGAGUACCCCGAAGCUGAUGGUCACCCUCGGUGUGGUUGGACUCGUUCACGCAGCCAUCUCGGCGGCACAACACCGCUCCUACCUGCGCCUUACCGAGCAAGACUUCACUAUCCUUCCACUGGACAUCAUCUUCCAGAGCGUGAUGUGUCUUCUUGUGACCAUGUACGGCGUCAUCUGCGUCGCCGGGGACUUCAAGGAGGUCCGGGCCACCGUCGAACUCGAGAACAAGAGCUUCGAGACCUUCGGCAAUCGACCGUCCUUCUACACCUUUUGCCAUCGAGGUCGAGCGUUAGCUCGGGGUUAAGUUGUUACUACGCGAUUGCCACUAUGGGCGGCUGGUCUUCGACCCUGGCGGUUUACUUUGUCUUUCGUUGAACUAUACCGCGUUUUCUUGUACAAAUAAACUAUAAUUUGUAAACCGGAA